AUGGCAUGGUUUGCUGAAAAUUUUUGGAGUGAUGAGCUUUUGGAAGGUCCUCUGGGUGUUCCAUGUGAAUUCUAUAGGGAUCUGGAUGACCUUUUCAAAACGCUGAUAUUGGAUGAAUGGACCCUUCUUUUUCUUCAAAGAGAGAAUCUGAUUCAGCAACCACAAACGCAGCAUCUUCUUGAAGAAAAUUAUUCUCUGAGAAGUAACCUCAUGCCUGCUCUGAUCACCCCAGUGAUGUCUGUACCCUGAUCAUUUAAGUAAUUUACAUUUCAGGGUGACCUUGGCAAUCAUUUAGGGUUUCUCACUCAGAUGAUUAUCUAUUUGACAGCUCUUAAGCUUCUCAGUCCUAUAGCUGAUGCCUAAAUUAAGCUCCUUUCUGAGUACCUAUUUCACCAGAUGAACAAUUUUAGAGUCUACUCUGAAUAUGACCAGAGUAUUCUACUGAAGCAAAAUGAAAUCUUUGUUCUUGCCUUCCAGUGAUCAUCUGGUGAACCCAUAAAACAAGAAAUGAACCCUCUGAUGAAUUCUAAGGUUGAAAAAGGAGACAACACCUCUCAACAGGAUGUUACUACUUUCCAGUUCUUUUCUCAAAAUCUGAGUUGUAAUGUAACAAAUCACAAAGAGAAGUUCCAUGACAGACUGUGUGACCACAUCCAGGAUGAAAAAAGUGUCACAGGUAUGAUGGAGAAUAUCCCAGACCUGAUAAUUCAGUGCAUUCAGUUGGACAAGAAAAGUAAUAACAAGCCAGAGCUCCUACAAUCAGAGACUCAACUCCCAGUGUUGGCUUCCCUCUCCAGCUCCACAAGUCCACGACCCAAGGAAGAGACUAUACAGCUUCGGGGAGGACAGCUUCCUCUCACCCCAGCUAAAAGAGCUCGUCAACAAGAAACUCAGUUGUGCCUCUACUGCAGCCAGGCUGGUCAUUUCACAAGAGACUGCCUUGCCAAACGUUCUCGAGCCCCAGCAAGGACAAAUAACCCAGCUUACCAAUAAGGGGAGCCCAGAGAGUCACUUUGCAAACUUAUAUCCCUCUCACCCUCAGUCUUACUGAUAUACACCCUUCACUAACUCUAAAAUACAAGUGGAUAAUUGUGAUACCACUUUACAGGCAGCCAUGAACUCCUGUGUUACUGAAGAUUUAUACAGCUAGGUCUCAUUCACUAGAAGCUGACCAUUCAAUGAACUAGUAAUAAUGAAAACAAUUCACAGGCAUUUAGGUAGUUGGGACCAAUUCCUCUAAGAUUAUGGAAAAUUUGUAGGCAAAACUCUCCUAGUCUAAGCCAAUAAAAGUGGCCUUGGUGAUAUAUUAGGAAUCCCAUCUUCACCAAUGGAUGAGAGGGUUGAAUUUUUGAGCUAAAUUUUGUGUCGUGUGUACUUACAAAUUAGACCAAGAUGAUUUUACUCACCCUCCUUGAUCUGUAAGUAGUUUCAUAUCAGCCUAGGUCCUUUGCCUGAAAUACUGCUAAUAUACUGUUAAUAUUCAACUUCUAAAGGCUACAUCCUGCUCCACUUAUUGACCAGAGUCUAAUUUCAACACAAACCAAUCUUCCUGGAACUACAGCUCUGUCACUCAUCCACACAGCUAUAUAUUUUGUUACUGUCUAAAGAUAUUUUUUGUCUAAAAAACUGAAUUUCCUGGUCAUUUACAAACCAGAUUGUAUGACCCUUUGAAUACUACUUGUCGGACCUUCUAAAAGUCAUAUGCUUUUAGCCAUACCUUACCAAUCUCAGCUAUCUAUCUCCCCCUCUUCACUAAUAAUCUUAUUUGAGGUUCCAAAUAUCUUAUGGCUAAGUUGAAAUACUUUAAAAUAAUGACCUCUGAAAGAUAUUUAGUGAGAGUUGUAGAAGACUAUUAUAAUUAUUGUGUUUGGGUCAUAUUCUUGUUGCUUUGAACAGGGAAUAUGGACAAACAUAUCUCUACUAAAAACCAAGAAUCAAGUCCUAUAGUAGUUCUCUAUGUAGAAGCCUCAAUUUGGUCACUAUCUGGGAUAAUUACCUGUUGAUUUUGAGCUCUAAUCUUAUAUACCACACACCCAAGGUCCCUCAUCUGACAGAAGAUCCUGAAAAGUAAAGUUGCAGGCAACUUUCAGAGCCAUCUCACUGGGAAAACCUUAAGACACAUAUAACACCAUCUGUGUAUACAGUUCAGGAAGUGCAAGGAUUUUAUUGUGUUGUAUUCUUGACACAUAUCAGCUCUGUAUAUAAAGAGCUGAUGCUUCUAGUCAUCAGUUCCUUAAAGUGCUAAGGGUAUCUAAAGAGGAUCAGAAGUUGCUGAUAAUUAUUAGUCUUCUGGUUCCUCAUUAUUGGUGACAAUAUAUAUCCUCCCUAUAAUGGAUUGCUUAAAGAUCAAUAAUUAUUUAUUCCUUAGCAGCCAUCAGGUUUUUCAGAACAUGAAGUGUCAUUGUACUUUGGCAUUUUUCCUGAAAAAUUCUUGUAACUUUUCCACAUUUAAACACAGCUAGAUUUUACUAUUCUCAUUCUGUAGCACCAGGAAAUGCAUCGUUUCUCCCAUCAGUGCCUCUAUAACUACUGUGCCAAACUAUACUUGCAUGUUCAAGGUCCCCUUUAUCAAUAGUUUGCUAUACAUUCACAUUACUCCAUAAACUCCAACAAUAAGGAGACAUCAGUGCACAUGUUCUAGUUAUGUUGGGAAAUCUCUGCUGUAUUUCUGGGAUUGUAUGAGAUCCUCCAACAUGUAGAUCUAUUUGAACUUUGAGUGACUGGGAUUACCUGGAGGUAUCCUAAUCUGUCUCCACUCAUAUUUUUAAAUAAAUGUCUAACUCAAUGGUAUCCAGUCACUUCGUUCACUCACUGCAGUAUGUUCCUGGAAUGCCAGUAGGAUCAAUAAGGUGACUUGGAACCAAUCUUUCUUUAUUUUAGGACAAUGAUUUACUAUUGUGGCUCUCUUAUAAAGAUGUAUCACCUUUAUUCCAUAUGGACACUCCCUUUGCAGCAACAUUAUCUUCUUUUUCAAAAAAAUUCCUAUUCCAUAGCCUAUUACCAAUGAUAAUUUGUCCAGGUCUGUGAACUCCAGUUUACUUCCUAUUCCUCUGGGUACCUUGAUGAGGUACUUCCAUUGAAAGUCUCUUAUAUACUAUGUGAUUCAAUCCAUAACCAAACUGAGCAAUCUGUGAUAAUGCUUUACUGCUUACUACCUAGCAACUAUUGAAAACUUCUGUUAUAGUGAUUCUAUCCCUUAUACACUAUCAGCUUCAAUUCGAAUCACUCAUUACUUAGGGUGAAGAGUUACAAAAGAGUGUCCUCAGAACUUGUAGCUACAUAAAUUUUUCUGAAAAUGAAACAUUGGAAUCCACAAAAAACAGAUGAAAUGUAACAUACUUAAAGCUGUCAUAUGUAAAUAUCAAGGCUUGGGUAAUCCCCUAGGGCCGAUCAAAGAUAUAGUUUUAGAGAAGUAAAUCUGCUAUAUGACUGGCGCCUCUGGAAUGUUAGGAGCUAAUCACUUUAUGAUAAAGUUGAAAAAUGAAUUACUGACAAGAAAGUGGUCUGCAUUGAGCCUAUAAAAGGAGACAAUGAAAGAAACAUUACUGAUGGACAUCAGUAAUCUCUCUAGCCUCAGAGAUGAAAUACUGACCAGUAGAUCAUUUGGCAGGUCUACUGAUGCAAUGGGCUUGAGCCACCAAUUCAUCUCAAUUUGUGUCAUUAGUCAUUAAGGUUGACACAUAUCACCUUUUGUUCUGGCUCCAUGGUAUCCAAAUAACCUCAUUGUAGUUGCUUUCUUAUAUAAACUUUCUUAUGGGGAAGACAUUUGCUAACCAUUUGAAGUGAGUGGUCCAGAGUAUUUGGCAGGUGUUUCUUAUAAGUGAAUAAAAUGGCUAUGGCUUAUGUUAGUUUCUUGUGGGUUAUAACAGCACCAAUCCUUUGUAUCCUAAUCACCUUUCAGCACAUUAAAAAUAAGAUUAUCACUGAAAACUCGGCACCACAUUGUGAAUCAUAGUGAAUGCACUGAAGAUUGACCUUUCAAGGAAAUUUGCCUCAGCACCAUCCAACCUACAUCUUUAUUUCUCUCAUUUUUCUAUAAUUGUAAUAAAAUUGCUAAUUAUAUAUGGUUUUUACUUGCUACAAUUAACUUAACUUACACCAAGAAGCAUUUUAUCAUAUUACAUAGUUCAGUGUGUCAAAAAUACUGUCAUAGGUGACAUAUAGCUGCAGACAUAAGCCACUGAAAAGCACUGUUAGAGAGGGAAAAGUAGGUACUUGGCCUUAGUCCUGCCACCUCCAUUUUGUCCAAAUGACAACCCAUAGGAGCCAUGCUGUCACUGCUGUGAUUUCUAUCCAUGGUAAUACAGUAAUAUGCUUUUCUAAAUUCUGAAAUGUCACCUUCCCCGAGCUCAUCUUGUCUAUUCUUAUAAUGCACUGAAAUGAAACACAGCAUUUGGAAUAUAAAGAAAUUUUACUAACAAAUUGGAAAAAUCAAAUAUCACAUGCCUUUGAAAGGCCUUUAGAAGCUUGUAUCACUUCUUUAAAAUGCUUGUCUUUGGUAACCUGUUUCAUUGGCAACUUAUGAAACAUCAAAUAUCACAUGGCCAAUAGAAUGGAAAAGCUUUUUAAAGAAUAUAGUGUUAUGGAUCUUUAAUGUCAUCAUGGAUCAGGAAUCACUGACUAUAUUUUAAAAACAAAAGUUUCAAAACUCGUUACACUUAAUGAAGUCUGUCAAACUCUUUUGGUAAACAUAACAUUGCCUAGACCACGUUGGCCAGUCAUUGAUCAUGUCUGUAGCUUUGAAUAUUCAUGCACUAAAUUAUUGGCAUUUCUUCUUUGUAGUGGAUUUGAUUCUUUGGUCUGUAUAAACUUAUUUCCUAUUCAUUGAUUUUUGUACUUUAUCUAUAUGGGUCUGCUUUUCUUAUCUACACAGCUCAGUGAUAAUUCAGCUAUGUCUGUAUUCACCAACUUUACUUUAUAGUAGCUCAGUGGAGGAAUAUGUGGAUAUUCUGUCUUAUGCAUAGAUUCAUCCCUUUGAAACUAGUAAUAUCUUUACUCUAAAUAAUACGUAAUAAUGGCUACUUUAUUACAAACACUACUGUGUGCUUUAAUUUGCUAGUGGUAAUUAUUUAAGCUUCAUGUUACUCA